AUGUCUUCCUCUAUUGAUUUUGCUCUUGUUGCAGUUAAUAGAGCACGUGAUUUAGUUGAUUAUAAUAUUUACGUCAAUAUACAUAAACAACAUGAAUAUGUGAAACAAAAAAUUCUUGAAGAUAAUUCUCUUACAAAAAAAGAAAAAACUGAAGCAAUAAGAAUAGAGAAUAAUAGCUAUGAUAGGGAUAAAAUUAAUAAUAAUUCAGGAACAAAAAGAAUUUGUGAAAGUUGUAAUCAAGAAUGUUUGGCUACAUUUUAUUGUGAAUGUUGUAUUCGAAAUCAUCUAAGAAUAAAAUUUUCAAAUUGGACGUCUGGAAAUGCUGAUAUUGAUAAUUUAAUCCAAAAAUGUCAAAUGGAAACAAUCUUGCCAAAUACGAUAAUUGAAUGGAUUCCAUAUGAUAGGAUUAAGAAUAUUAAAUUUUUAACAAAAGGUGGAUACUCUGAAAUUUAUAAAGCAGUUUGGAUUGAUGGAAGUUACGAUAAGUGGGAUUCUAAAAAACAACAGUUAAAAAGAUUUGGAAGAGUAAAUGUUAUACUUAAGACAUUAGGAAAUGUUGAAAGUGAAAAUCAAAGAUGGUUUGAAGAGGCUAAAUCACAUUUAACUAUAAGUAAUAGAGACCUUUCUAUAGUUCGAUGUUACGGGUUAACACAAAAUACAUCAGAUGGAAAUUAUAUGCUUGUAAUAAGAAAAAUGGAUAUGGAUUUAAGAAAAUAUUUACAUCAAAAUCAUAAUCAACUUACAUGGGAAGAAAGGGUUCAAAUUACUUAUGAUAUAAUUAUUGCACUUUAUCAUAUUCAUGGAGAAAAUGCAAUUCAUAGAGAUUUGCAUUCUAAGAAUAUAUUAUAUAUUCACUAUUUUCAAAAGUUUUACAUUAGUGAUCUUGGAUUUUGUGGUCCAGCAAAUAGACCUUCAAAAAGUAUAUAUGGAAAUCUUCCUUACAUAGCACCUGAGGUUAUUAGUGGAAAAGAAUAUACUUUUGAAUCUGAUAUUUAUAGUUUUGCAAUGCUUAUGUGGGAAAUUUCAUCAGGUCAACCACCGUUUAUUAAUUACGAACAUGAUUACGAUCUUGCAAUGAAAAUAAUUAAUGGUAUUAGACCAAAAAUUGUACCAGGAACUCCUUUAGAAUAUAAAAAUUUAAUAGAACAAUGUUGGGAUGCUGAUCCAUUAAAAAGACCUGAU